UCAAGAUAUACACAGCAGCUCUCCGUGAGUGUGUUAUUGCCGCGUCCCUGGCACUGGUAGCAUUCCGCCGGGUGUAUCUAUCAUCUCCACAUGUCGGACGCAGCCCAGCCACCCCGCAAAAGGUCGCGGCAACCUCACUUAGAAGACGACGCGGAACUCGGGAGAUACGAUGACAGCGCGUUCGUAGAGCAUCCCUCGCUUUACUACGACGAUGGCAACGUCAAUCUCAGCUGCGAGAACACACUUUUCCGCGUCCACCGCUCGAUCGUGUCAAAGCAUUCCCCUGUGCUCUGUGAUAUUCUCACUUCAAACGAGCAUGAAGACCGUAAGCCGGAUAUUCUACGAGGGUGUCUCGACGUUCCGCUGGACGAGACGAAGGAGGAUGCAGAAGUGCUACUGAAGAUUGUGUACAACGACUUUCGCGUGGAGUCCCUGAAAUUUGCUGCCAGCGAGCUCUCCCUGCUAAGCAGCGCCUUCCGUAUGGCGACAAAAUAUCGUAUCGAGCCUACUCUCACGGAGAUCUACACUCGCAUCCAAGACAGGUGGCCGUCUGUUCUGGAUCAGCAUUACAAGCGUUCAACCAUCGAAAAAACCCUGGGGGUUAGACGACCACUUAUUUUCGUACGACGUCCGCCUGGUGAUAGCUUGAGAGCUGCGACAUCAACCGUAGCGAAGGGCCGCAACGACGUGCCUCAAGCCACGACGUCCAUGCACCCGGCCCACAUCAUCGCACUCCUCAGAGAAGCCGGAUGCAACGAUUCGAGUCUUCUGACACCAUUGUUCUACGCUUCGACGUGUAUGUCAACGAGGGUCGGCGAACAUGGCCGUGCUCUCGAGGUGCUUCCGCCGACGGACUUCGCACGCUAUGUCCGCGGACAGGAAAGGAUACGCAGUUAUCAUACACGCGUGGCGGUCCUUGUCCCUGUUGCAGACACUCUCGGACUCCCUGACGGCCAUGUCAACCAGUGCUUUCCGGCAAUCAAGUCAUUCUGGGCGACUCUGGCUGAUGUGGGCGUAUAUUCAAAUACAGGAGAGAUAUUCGCAACGGAGAGAGACCCCGUUGAGGCAUGGGCUGCAGUGCGUCUGAGGCUGGUGGCCGCGCCAAGGCCUCAAAUUUGCGGCGAAUGUAAUCAGAGACUCAUAUCUAGGGCUGAUAGCAUCGGGCAAGUACUGUGGUCGAACCUGCCAGCCUUUUUUGAGCUGGGGUGAUGUAGCAGAAAACUCGGUCAUAUCAUUUAACAAAGCCCGACAAGAUGACUGUGCGUAUGCAGUUUGCCAGUAUUCAAGCUUGUACCCUACCACGGUAUUACAAUGCAAUGCACUGAUCUUUUGCGUCUACUAUCAUCAUGAUUAUGAGGUCUCUGUCACGAUUAUAUAUCCUCGGCAAGCGUAAUUAACGUUCACGCAAUGCUGGGUGGAGCUAAGGCCACACUCGCAGCUUGUGUCAGUCUCCUGCCCAUCCGCCUGGCCCCUUAGGCCUUAAGGGUGAG